AAUUGGGAACCACCCCCACUUAGACCGAUUCACUAAUUUUUCAAAUCAAGAUUAAACCACGAAUUAAAAAAAAAAAAACUAAAUGCGACGUGGUUUUUAAAGUAAAUCUGAACCGUUGACAAAAUUUGUGAGAGAAAGAAGCUAAGAAACCAGAGUCCAUCGAACUAUAGUAUAUAGCAUAUCUCUCCAGGGGCACAGUGAGAAUCAAAAGGAGCGCAUGAUUAGAUAUUCCUGUCGUCAAACUUUGUCAACUCAAUGCAAACCCAAGUGUUGGAUUCGCUUCCCUCAAUGUGGGUUCUCAACCAACUCAAUCCUCAUGACCCAACAACAGCACAUGUUUUACUCGAGGAGUCGACCGGCUUCGGACUUCGAUUCUCAUACGUACGCCAGUUUGCUCCAGAAUUGUAUCAUCAAUGGCGAACCCACCUACGGAAAGGCCCUCCAUUGUGAAAUUCUCAAAAAAGGUGGUUGUUUGGACUUGUUUGCAUUCAAUAUCCUCCUCAACGUGUAUGUCAAAUCGGACCUCUUGUCAGAUGCACACAAGUUGUUCGAUGAAAUGAUCGAAAGAAAUACCGUUUCUUAUGUCACGUUGAUUCAGGGUUGUGGGCAAUCUCUUCGCUUUUUGGAGGCUGUUGAAUUGUUUGUUAGAUUACAUAGGGAAGGUCAUGAACUUAACCCAUUUGUUUUCACUACGAUUUUGAAGUUGCUUGUGAGUAUGGAAUGGGCAGAGUUGGGUUGGAGCGUCCACGCAUGCUUAUAUAAGCUUGGUCAUGGGUCCAAUGCAUUUGUUGGCACUGCUCUUGUUGAUGCCUACUCGGUUUGUGGACUUGUUGAUGCUGCUAGAGAAGCAUUUGAUGCAAUUGUUUACAAGGACAUGGUUUCUUGGACUGGGAUGGUGGCAUGCUAUGCAGAAAAUGGUUUUUUUGAAGAGGCAUUACAACUGUUUUCUCAGAUGAGGAUGGUGGGAUUGAAACCAAACAAUUUUACCCUCGUGAGUGUGUUUAAGGUCUGUCUUGGCCUGGAGGAGGUUGAUUUAGGGAGAAGUGUUCAUGCGUGUGCUUUAAAAACGUGUUAUGAGAUGGAUCCUUACGUGGGCGCUUCUCUGCUUGACUUGUACACUAAAUCUGGAGAUAUUGAGGAUGCUCAGCAAGUAUUUGAAGAGAUUCCUAAAAAUGAUGUGAUUCCUUGGAGUUUCAUGAUUGCACGGUACUCUCAGAGUGACCGCAGCAAAGAGGCUGUCAAACUAUUUUGUCGAAUGAGGCAAACUUUAGUUAUUCCUAAUCAAUUUACUUUUGCUAGUUUGCUGCAAGCAUGCGCAACUAUGGAAUGUUUAGACUUGGGGAAGCAAAUCCACUGCCACAUCCUGAAGGUUGGUCUUGACUCGAAUGUAUUUGUUUCAAAUGCCCUUAUGGAUGUGUAUGCCAAAUGUGGAAAUAUGGAGAAUUCAGUGGAACUAUUUGUGGAGUUGACAAAUAGAAAUGAUGUGACUUGGAAUACAAUGAUUGUUGGCUAUGUGCAAUUGGGAGAUGGGGAGAAAGCAUUGAAUCUGUUUCUACAUAUGCUUGAAGACCAAGUGCAGGCAACCGAGGUGACAUACUCUAGUGUUCUUCGUGCUUGUGCUGGCUUAGCAGCCUUGGAGCCAGGUACUCAAAUUCAUUCUUUCGCUAUUAAAACCAUAUACGACAAAGAUAUAGCAGUUGGCAAUGCUUUAAUAGACAUGUAUGCCAAGUGUGGGAGCAUUAAGGAUGCUCGUUUAGUGUUUGAAAUGAUGAGAAAACGAGACGUAGUAUCAUGGAAUGCUAUGAUCUCAGGGUAUUCCAUGCAUGGUCUGGGUGGUGAGGCUCUGAGGAUUUUUGAGAAGAUGCAGAAAACAGAGAUUAAACCUAACAAGUUGACAUUCGUUGGCGUUCUUUCAGCUUGUAGCAACACGGGCUUGUUGGAUAAAGGUCAAGCCUAUUUCACUUCCAUGGUACGUGACCACGAUAUUGACCCCUGUGUUGAACAUUACACUUGCAUGGUAGGCCUUUUAGGGCGAUUAGGCCAUCUUGACAGGGCUGUUAAGCUGAUUGAGGAAAUGCCUUUUGAGCCUAGUGUCAUGGUUUGGCGUGCUUUGCUUGGGGCUUGCGUUAUUCACAAUGAUGUUGAGCUUGGAAGAAUAUCCGCCCUGCAUGUGCUUGAGAUGGAACCCCAAGAUGAGGCAACCCAUGUGUUAAUGUCAAAUAUGUAUGCCACUGCAAGAAGAUGGGAUAAUGUAGCUUCGGUUAGGAAAAACAUGAAGAGAAAAGGAGUAAAGAAAGAACCAGGCCUAAGUUGGAUUGAGAACCAAGGCAUAGUUCAUUAUUUCACUGUAGGGGAUGCGUCACACCCUGACAUUAGAUUAAUUUAUGGAAUGCUGGAGUGGUUGAACAUGAAAGCCAAUAAGGCAGGUUAUGUUCCUAAUUGUAAUGUUAUAUUACUCGAUGUUGAUGAUGAUGAAAAAUCACGCCUUCUGUGGGCGCACAGUGAAAGAUUAGCUUUAGCCUUUGGGCUUAUUAGGACACCAUUUGGAAGCCCUAUUCGUAUCAUGAAAAAUCUCCGCAUAUGCGUGGACUGCCAUGCUGCAAUUAAGUGUAUAUCAAAGGUUGUGCAGCGGGAGAUAGUUAUAAGAGAUAUUAAUCGAUUUCAUCACUUCCAAGAUGGAACUUGCUCCUGUGGUGAUUACUGGUGAUAUGCGUUAAUGAUUACACCAUGCAUGGUUGGGUGUUCAAUGCCCACUAACAUGACUCAGUUAAGAAUUUUGUAACAUGAUUUUGAAGUGGAUAGCCUGGUUAUCCUAACAUAUUGGUGAUAGCCUAACACCAAGGUUUCAAAAAGUGGCAUUACGUAAUGGUUUCAGCAGCCAUCGCAACAUGUUAUACCGGCUGUAGCUGUGAUGGAAAGUCAUGUACGUAACAGCACUUCAGCAUCUUGAACACAUUCUGAUGCAAUUAUUGGUCUGCAUCUUUGCUCAAUUCCGAAGCAAUUGUGGUAGAAGAUUAUGGAGUAUAUCUGAAAAUUGGAGAGCUAAAUCUUAUAGAGCCAAAAAAAGCCACAGCAUUCGAACUAUUCAAACAAUGUAAUAUUUCCUCGUAGCGUAAUACAUUUUGGGCAAGGUGCUUCGGUA